GUGUGUGUGCAGGUGAGGGGAGUUAGUCGUCACCUAGAGAGGGAAGAACCACUUCAGCACUGCUCCUGGGAGUGUAACCUUGAAGUGUUUCUAGUGAAGUGCGACACCUGCUUCAGGAUGUCCCUAGCAAGCGAGCUCCUGAGGGAGGGCUUCAGGUUGCCCAUCACUCGGAGGGGGCUCUUCUCUCAGGAUGACUUCUUUCGUGGGUUCCAGAAGGACUAUAGCCGAGCUGUCAGCGAUGUGCUCGACCGCUGGGGCUCCAGAGCCUCCAAGGCAGACCGCUUCGCCUCCUACAGGAAACUGAGAGAAAGGGACGCCUCUGAGGACAGCCAGGCGGCGACCAUCUCUGAGACUCCUGAUCUGUACACGAUUGUGAUUGACAUGAGCGAGUAUGCCAGUGGAGAACUCACGGUGCAGACGGUAGGAUUCUCUGCCCUGGUGGAGGGUAAGGUUGGUCAGAAGACCUACAGACGCAGCUUCCCACUUCCUAAGGAUACUGUCAUCGACGGUGUAGUGGCAGAUCUUUCUGAUGAAAGUAUAUUGACCAUCACAGCACCCAGGAAAGGUAAAGCUGGGACCAGCGGUGGUGGCUCAGCAGGUAACGACUCGAAGUCUGCCUCCAGUUCGACUCUCACAUCGCUUGAGGAGCAAAUAAUCCCCACUAAGCUGCAGACAUCGUCAUCGUCCUCCACGGAGGAGAGAGUCAUUCCAACUGUCAUCGAGGGAGCUAAGACCAGCGCCGCACAGAGUGUAAAAACAGAGGAAUACACAUCGUCCACAGGUCGCAGAGGCUCAAGUUCAAGAAUAAUUCCUCUGAACGUUGAAGGAGAAGCCACUACCACCCAGACAGUCGCCACUGAGAAAGAGACAGCAGUGAAGAGCGAAGCUGCCAGCACGUGUGAGCGAAUUAUUCCCACUGUUUUGGAUAGAGGGACAUCAAGUUUUUCGACAUCUUAUGCGACCUCUGGCCGAGAUCGAGUACUACCCAUCAAAAGACGUGGCAAGUUCUUCCAAGACUCGACGUUUGAAAGAGUCUGGAGUGACUUCGAAUCUGCUAUUGACGAACUGAUGUCCCGAAGGGGGUCUCGCUCGGGGACUGAAGGCGACAGGUUCCAGUCCUAUAGAAACCUUCGCCAAUGUGUCCAACAGGAUGACAACCAAGCCGCUACCGUUUCUAAAGAGAACGGAGAGUACAAGAUUGUAGUGGAUGUAAAGGACUUCGUGGACGGCCACCUGGACGUGAAGGCACAGGAAGGGGCCAUAAUCGUCACCGGCAGGAAGGGUCCUUGCUCGUUUGAGCGGAGGUUCUCUAUCUCUGGUUUAUCAGAGCCGGAUAAGGUCUCUGCGUCUCUCUCCGCUGAUGGAGUCCUCACCAUUACAGCUCCCAAAUAAAAGUUGGAAAGGUGCCCAUAGGGUACCAAAAAGCUUAUUCUAAACAACUGUUUAGGAUCUGUUCAUGUUCUAUACGUAUUACAUACUAAUUAAGAUUAUCUUGUCAUAUAUUCAUAUAUAGUAGUUUUUUGUCAUGAGAUCUCAACUUGAUCGUGAUCUAACAGGGUUGAGACGUUUAUAUUGCUAAUGACAUAAUAUAUACAAUUAAAGCCCUUAUUAAGCAAUGAGGAAAAGAGGAAACGAUGGUAUCAAAUAUCGACAUGUAAACAGACAAGUACUAGGAUAUUUACCAAGAUGUUUUAAACAGGAGUUUUAUCAAUCCAGUUAUAUUAGCGACCCUGAGCCAUCCAUCUUCUCAAUAUUUUUGGACUAUCUGGAAGAUCUCAAAAAAGAAUCAUUUAAAAUACCUGUCGAUUACGUAAUCAUAGGAUCACUGUGCUGGGAACAUGACAAUAAUUACUGGGUUUCUUGCUGUAUAUAAGGUGUAUACAGUAGCAAAAUUUAGUGUUUUUAUUCACUAUAAAAAGAACAGGUAGGGCCAUAGAUUAGCGUAAACUAAAUACGCUACAGCUUAGGACCUCACGGUACAAGGGGUUUACAAAAAAAGCUCCCACAUUAUUUGCUGUUAUCUAUUUCGACUUUCGAAUUAUUGAGGCUUUUAAAACUUGAUGUAAAUUUAUUUAGGGAAACAAAUACAGUUACACAAAUAAAUAAUAUAUACUAAUAUAUGUGUAAAUUAUCUAGGAUAACCUAAAAUAGUCAAAGUGAUUUAUUUCUAUUGGCUUGUGGACGAUACAGUAUGAUCACCGAACUUUAAUUUAUUGAAUACAAUGAACAGAGAGGACAUUUAUUCUUACUCUGACUGAAUACAAAAUACAGGAGAUAGAUUUAACGUUUUGUUUACUGUAUUCAGAGAACGAGAGUAAAUUUGCUUGAGAAAUACAGAAUGUUUCCUACUGUGACAAAAUAAUGGGUAGAAAGAUGUGAUGCUGACUGUUGGUUAACUGUAUACAAGGGCCAUUGUACACACCAGGACCAUUAACUUAACCUGGUCAUCACUAGACAAGAAUACUUUAAUCCGUUUAAAGGGGUUUAAAGACAUCUCCCGGUGUAAAUACACUGAGAGGCAUGCAUCUCCCAGUGUAUAUACACUGAGAGGCAUGCAUCUCCCAGUGUAUAUACACUGAGAGGCAUGCAUCUCCCAGUGUAAAUACACUGAGAGGCAUGCAUUUCCCAGUGUAAAUACACUGAGAGGCAUGCAUUUCCCAGUGUGUAUACACUGAGAGGCAUGCAUCUCCCAGUGUACAUACACUGAGAGGCAUGCAUCUCCCAGUGUAUAUGCACUGAGAGGCAUGCAUCUCCCAGUGUAUAUACACUGAGAGGCAUGCAUCUCCCAGUGUAUAUACACUGAGAGGUAUGCAUCUCCCAGUGUAUAUACACUGAGAGGCAUGCAUCUCCCAGCGUAUAUACACUGAGAAGUAUACACCUCCCAGUGUAUAUACACUGAGAAGUAUACACCUCCCAGUGUAUAUGCACUGAGAAGUAUACACCUCCCAGUGUAUAUA